AUGGCUCCCCCAGCUCCCACCAUGUCCACGUCCCCCAGCUUCCUCCCCCAUGUACCUCAGCUCCCCCAUAUCCCCCAGCUCCCCAUUAUCCCUACUCUCCCCUAUCUUCCACCCAUCUCCUCCCAUCUCCCCAUGUUCCUCAGCUCCCCCAUGCUCCCCAUCUCCCCCAUGUUCCUCAUCUCCCCAUGUUCCCCAGCUCCCCCAUGUUCCCCAGCUCCCCCAUGUCCCCCAGCUCCCCCAUGUUCCCCAUCUCCCCCCAUGUUCCUCAGCUCCCCCAUGUUCCCCAGCUCCCCCAUGUUCCCCAUCUCCCCCAUGUUCCCCAGCUCCCCCAUGUUCCCCACUCCCCCAUCUCCUCCCAUCUCCCCCAUGUUCCUCAGCUCCCCCCAUGUUCCCCAGCUCCCCAUGUUCCCCAGCUCCCCCAUGUUCCCCAUCUCCCCCAUGUUCCUCAGCUCCCCCAUGUUCCCCAUCUCCCGCAUGUCCCCCAUCUCCCCCAUGUUCCCCAGCUCCCCCAUGUCCCCCAUCUCCCCCCAUGUCCCCCAUCUCCCCGCAUCUUCCCCCAUGUCCCCCAGCUUCCCCAUGUUCCUCAGCUCCCCCAUGUCCCUCAGCUCCCCCCCAUGUUCCUCAGUUCCCCCCAUGUUCCUCAGCUCAGCUCAGCUCCCCCAUGUUCCCUCAGCUCCCCCCAUGUUCCCCAGCUCCCCCAUGUUCCCCAGCUCCCCCAUCUCCCCCAUCUCCUCCCACUCCCCCAUGUUCCUCAGCUCCCCCAUGUUCCCCAUCUCCCCCAUGUUCCUCAGCUCCCCCAUGUUCCCCAUCUCCCCCAUGUUCCUCAGCUCCACCCAUGUCCCUCAGCUCCCCAACGUCCCACAGUUCCCCCAUAUUCCCCCAGUUCCCCCAUAUUCCCCCAGCUCCCCCAUGUGCCCCAUACCCCAUCCUCCAGUACCCCCAUCCUCCAGUACCCCAUCCUCCAGUACCCCAUCCUCCAAUACCCCAUCCUCCAGUACCCCCAUCCUCCAAUACCCCAUCCUCCAGUACCCCAUCCUCCAGUACCCCAUCCUCCAGUACCCCAUCCUCCAGUACUCCAUCCUCCAGUACCCCCAUCCUCCAAUACCCCAUCCUCCAGUACCCGAUCCUCCAGUACCCCAUCCUCCAGUACCCCCAUCCUCCAGUACCCCAUCCUCCAGUACCCCCAUCCUCCAGUACCCCAUCCUCCAGUACCCCCAUCCUCCAGUACCCCCAUCCUCCAGUACCCCAUCCUCCAGUUCCCCAUCCUCCAGUACCCCCAUCCUCCAGUACCCCAUCCUCCAGUACCCCCAUCCUCCAGUACCCCAUCCUCCAGUACCCCCAUCCUCCAGUACCCCCAUCCUCCAGUACCCCAUCCUCCAGUUCCCCAUCCUCCAGUACCCCAUCCUCCAGUACCCCCAUUCCAGUACCCCCAUCCCAGUACCCCCAUCCUCCAGUACCCAAUCCUACAGUAUCCAAUCCUCCAGUACCCCAGCUUCCAGGACCCCAUCCUUCAGUGCCACAUCCUCCUGUACCCCCAGUCUCAAAAUACCCCAUCCUCCAGGACCCCAUUCUCCAGUACCCCCAUCCUCCAGUACCUCCCAGUCUCCACUACCCCAGUCUCCAGUACGCCCGGCCUCCAGUACACCCAGUCUCCAGUACCCCCAGUCUCCAGUACCCCCAGUCUCCAGUACCCCAGUCUCCAGUACCCCAGUCUCCAGUACCCCCAGUCUCCAGUGCACCCCAGUCUCCAGUGCCCGAGUCUACAGAGCCCCCAGUCUCCAGUACCCAGUCUCUAGUACCCCAGUCGCUAGUACCCCCAGUCUCCACUACCCCAGUCUCCAGUACCCCAGUCUCCAGUACCCGAGUCUCCAGUACCCCCAGUCUCCAUACCCCAGUCGCCAGUACCCCCAGUCUCCACUACCCCAGUCUCCAGUACCCCCAGUCUCCAGUACCCAAGUCUCCAUUACCCCAGUCUCCAGUACCCCCAGUCUCCAGUACCUGAGUCUCCAGUACCCCAGUCUCCAGUACCCCAGUCUCCAGUUCCCCAGUCUCCAGUACCCUGUCUCCAGUACCCCCAGUCUCCAGUACCUGAGUCUCCAGUACCCCAGUCUCCAGUACCCCUGUCUCCAGUACCCCCAGUCUCCAGUACCCCCAGUCUCCAGUGCACCCCAGUCUCCAGUACCCCAGUCUCCAGUUCCCCCAGUCUCCAGUACCCCUGUCUCCAGUACUCUCAGUCUCCUUUAUCAUUAG